AUUCUUAUCAAUUUUUAAUUUAAUUUUUUUUGCCCGAACGCUCGUGCGAGAAGACGACUCUGGAAGCUCCGAGAAGUCCCUGAAUCAGAGAGCCAGAUUAGGGAAGUGCUGCGAUUUUCUCUCAACUGUUACAGGGAACUUUCAUUUUUCCGUUUAUUUUUGACUCAGAAAACGGUUUUUGGUGAGAGGAUUUUCUCUUGAAACAUGAUAUCAUAUAAAUCAACUGCAUCUUUCUGGGGUGGUGGAUAGAAGAACCGGAGGAAUGUCAGACUUGUACAUGUGUGAGCUUGAAGAUAAUAUGUGGGAUGACUUUGGUGAGAGUGACGAUCAUAUAGUGCCUCAUCAUGGCAAUGAAUGUGAGGAUCAAAUUGCUGUACAGGAUGAUAGCUGUAAGAAGCCACAAGGUGUAGGAAUUGGUGUUACAAGUAAUGCUGCCAAUAAAAAAACUAAAUAUGGUACACGAGGCAAGGAGGAAAGGAGUUCACCAAUAUUGACCAAGAAAGACACGAUGUUGGAAAAAGAUUCAUGGUCUCAAACACCUGAUGACAUGUUUCCUUCUUCAUGUGAUGGCGACUCGCUUAAUGGAGUAACAAUUACGGAAUCUGAUGAUACAAGGAUGCCCAACCAUUGUUUAAAAAGUGGGAAGAUAGAUUCUGGUGGCAGUGAGUUUUGUGUGGAUGAUUCUAUCUUGGGUGAGAAGUGUGCUGCAGUUGAGAACAACUUGUACCGUUAUCCACUCAGUAACAUAUCCCAAACAGAUAAUGAUCUCAGUUUUUUGGACAAUGAACAUGAAGGCGAAGAAAGCAAUGAUCUCUUAUCCAGUUGGUGGCCGAAUAUAGAAAAUUUUGAGGAUGUUGACAGGAUGUUUAGAAGUUGUGAUUCAAGUUUUGGGCUAGGGUCACUUAGUAAUGAAGACGAUUUGUGCUGGUUCUCAUCUUCACAUGCUGCUGAAGUAUUCGAAGAUGCAUUGAAAUCUGACAAGUUUAUAGGUCAUGAGGCAAGUGUGUUCAGAAGUAUUUCAGAAUGUGAUGAAACGUCCAGUCCAAAACGUGCAUGUCUUCCAAUCAAUUAUCCCAACAAGAAAAAUGUUUCUAUACGUGGUGAAAUGAAUUCUUAUACGUCACAUAUUGACGACCCUGCUUCCCUUGGUCAGUUAUCAUUUGUGAAUGGGUCUGAUACGAAAACUGAGCACAGGGAUGACUUAAUGCCUAAAGAACAGAUGAAUAUGCAUAGAAAGAAGUCCAAGAACCAGAGCCAAAUGGAAAGAAAAAGGAAAGAUCGAUAUCUGGAAAAUGGAGGUUCUUUUCACUAUUAUGGUAAACAUGCGGAUCUGGGUCAUCACUAUGGAGACUCAUUGUGUGAAGUUUUUUCUCCCCCGGGAAAUCAUCAAUAUAAACAAGAUGUAGGACCUGAUACAUUGUGUUAUAUUCGGACACAGAUACCCUGUAUGCACCUGGAAUGUAGUCAUCCUUCAGAUAAAGUUUCAGUUUUUCCAGCUCCAUUAGGUAACAAAUCUGAAAACAGUGGCCAUGCAUAUUCUCCUAAGGAGUCUUCCUAUGCAUCAAAUCCAGUCCAGUCCAUGGAGAGCUCUCAUUGCCCUUCAUUCGAGGUUCCAGCAAAAACAGUCAACGAAAAGAGAGACCAGCUAUGCCAGGAUUUACAAACUCCUACGACUAGAAAGUUUAAAAAUGUCGAUACGUCUGCUCCGAUGGAAUUUUGUCAUCCUGUUUCAGCUCAUAAGCAAGUUCAGCACUCUGAAAAUGAGGUUGAAGUUCAUAGUGAAAUCAAAGGAGUUAGUGUAGGAAUUCCAACAGACUUGGAUUCUUCAAAUGUACAGGAGAGCUCUUGCAUGAGCUCUGUGGUGGAUGAAAUCUCACUAGAAGCAACUAAUUUUCGCCAGCUUCAACAAGUGAUGGAAAAGUUGGAUAUCAGGACUAAACUGUGUAUAAGGGAUAGUCUGUACCGCUUGGCUAGGAGUGCUGAACAAAGGCAUAAUUGUGCAAAUUUGAUUAGUGGCAAUGGAGAUGGCAGAGAUGCAAGUAGAGCAGUGAUGUUUCAAGAAACAAACAAGUGCACUGGAUUUGUGGAUAUGGAAACUGGUACCAAUCCCAUAGAUCGCUCUAUAGCACACCUACUGUUUCACAGGCCCUCGGAUGCAUCCGCAAUGCCUACUAACAAUGCCGUCUCUCUUAGGUCUCAAGGCUCGAUUCAUGGGUCUGAUAAUAGUCCACCUGUGAUGGCUGAGACACAAGUUUUCCAGGAAGAUAGCGUUGCCAGUGCACAUAAAAAAUGCUGAUGACGGACAACAAAUAAGGAAAAAAAAAAUGGUUAGCGCUAGCACCAUUUUUCUUAAAUAUGUUUAUUUUUGAAUUUGACUGCAAAUCAGAAUGUAUAAUCAAGCUUUUGAGGCCCAACAUAGAUGCCGGGUUUGGUUCGAAACGUGUUUGUUAGAUAGGCUUUUGUCUAUGUUGGUGUAUAUCCUUGCAGCACUCAUCUCGAUGAGCUAAAUAUUUAUCCUCUGUGUCAGUCUGUCACUAGAAUUUCCUUGCAUCUCCAUCUCACCCCGUUGGUACCAUUUGAUUUGUUAUCUUAACAUGUCCUUGGCUCAUGCCUGUUUAAUUUCUUAGGAUAAGACACUUGUGUUAAUUCUUCUGUUGGUAUCCUAUUAUUUUUUUACACAUGUAUGAACCAAUAUUUGCGGAAAAAGAUGUGCCAAGCGCAAGUAUUUUGUA